AUGAGCUACUAUGGCAGCUACUACGGAGGCCGCGGCUACGGCUGGGGCUGGGGCGGCCUUGGGGGCCUGGGCUGUGGCUAUGGCUCCGGCUGGGGCUGGGGCGGCCUUGGGGGCCUGGGCUGUGGCUAUGGCUACAGAGGCUAUGGCUGUGGCUGCUGGCGUCCGUCCUGCUGCGGGGGAUACGGAUACUCUGGCUUCUACUGA